UUCAGCUUUCGAAAAGGGUGAAGAUUUAAUUACAAGAAUAUUUUCAACAGGUGGAUUUUCUUCUUCCAAUGGUCUAGCCGUCCGCGUACUUCAGUCCCCCCUCGGAUUUACAGGAGGAGCAAGCAUGCCGUUGGGACUCAGAAAAAAGAAAAACAAGUCGAAGGAAAGCUCGAAUUUAGUGGAAAAUGAGGAGGUCAGCGGACACUCGGGUGGUGGAGGAGUCGCGAAGUCGGCGGUGAACGGUGGCGGACUCCCACCUCCACCUGCCAACCUGCGACCGAAGCUGGUGUUUCACACGCAGCUCGCCCACGGGAGUCCAACCGGCAGGAUCGAGGGUUUCACGAACGUCAAAGAGCUGUACAGCAAAAUAGCAGAAGCGUUUAAUUUAAGUCCGGAUGAGAUCCUAUUUUGCACACUCAACACUCACAAAAUUGAUAUGGAAAAAUUGCUGGGAGGGCAGAUCGGACUGGAAGACUUCAUCUUCGCUCACAUUAAAGGGCUCAAGAAGGAGGUGGAGGUGUACAAGUCCGAGGAUGCUCUUGGGCUCACCAUCACAGACAACGGAGCUGGAUAUGCCUUCAUAAAGCGGAUUAAAGAGGGCAGCGUGAUGGAUGGGGUGAAGGUGAUCUGUAUAGGAGAUCACAUUGAGUGCAUUAAUGGAAAGAACAUCGUUGGUAUGCGGCAUUAUGAGGUGGCACGAAUGUUAAAGGAGCUGCCCAGAGAUCAGUCCUUCACCCUCAAACUGGUGGAACCCAUGAAAGCCUUUGAGAUGCUUGAACCAAGGUCAAGGGGAGGUGGAGGCAAAUCCUCAGGAGAGAACAAGAUGGGCUCGGGCAGAGAAACCUUACGAUUGCGUUCUAAGGGUCCUGCAACAGUCGAGGAGAUGCCCUCAGAGUAUGAAGAAAAUGCAGUGAAGAAAGUUGAUGACCUUCUUGAAAGUUACAUGGGCAUUCGAGACACUGAAUUGGCGGCAACGAUGGUUGAAGUGGGCAAAGACAAGAAGAACCCUGAUGAGUUUGCCAUGUCUCUGGAUGAAGCCCUCGGUGACUUUGCCUUCCCUGAUGAGUUCGUGUUUGAUGUCUGGGGAGCUAUUGGUGAUGCCAAACAAGGACGGCUUUAAAGUGACGCUAUGCACACACCCUAUUAAAUGUGCUCAUAACAAAGAGGACUGUUCAGAAAUGUGCAUUUUAUAGCUAGUAGCAUACUGAACACGUGAAUUAUGUGAUCAACGAGAAUGUUUUUACAAAUAAAUAAAUAAUAAAUAGCACCACUGUAUUGUUCUUUACAUGCAGCCUUUUAAAGAGAGCUUCAAUGGCAUUUAGGCACAAGGUUUAGCCUAUCAGCAGGAGAAUUUAGCAAAUUUGUGUGGGUAGCAUUUAUAAACGAUGCUGGGAGUAUAUCAUAUUUAACAUAAGCCAAGGGAAAGGGUGAUGUUUCAGACACUCCUUUGCAUAUAGAAAAUUUUGUAUAGAAUUUUGAUAUACAUUAAUAGUCUUUUUAGAUAUAUUUGAAUGUUUUAAUUUAUUUUGUGUUCAUUAAAACCUUUAAACGGAACAUCAUGAAUAGCUGAUUAUCAUCAUGUCUGAUCAUUUACAGUUUGGCAAUCAGCAUUUAAAGGUGCAGUGUGUAAAUUUUAGCAGCCUCUAGUGGUGAGGUUGCAAAUUGCAACCAACAGCUCAGUCCACUGCUCACCCCUUGCUUUUGAAACGCAUAGAGAAGCUACGGUAGCCAACACAGGACAAACAUUUCAUCACUGGAGACAAUUUAAUAAAAAAGUUUGUCCAUUAUGAGCUUCUGUAGAAACAUGGCGGGACAAAAUGGCGACUUCCAUGUAGGGGGACCCUCGGUGUAUGUAGAUAAAAACGUCUCAUGCAAUAAACACAUAACGGUUAAUUAUGAAAGGUCUUUAUACACCCCUGAUAAUAUAGUUUUAUUAUUUUGCAUUUCUGUCAAGAAAUCUUUCUAAAAAUUACACACUGCACCUUUAACAUCAAUAAUACUGCCAACCAUGCCGUUUAUUUUUAAGUAUAUUGCAAAGUAAUUAAGGAGCUCAGAUGCAAAAGCCCCUAAACGCCACAUCCGUCAAAAAUGUGAAAAUGAUGUUAACCGCAUGCUCUCAACACGUACCAUAAUCAAGUAGAUUUAAAUCCGCUUAAUCCUGGUCUAAGGCUAUUCAUAAAUGCUGCUUUGUUGGCAAAAUCUAUUGAGUCUGAUAAA